GAAACCCUAAUUCGAAACGGCUGCCUCCAAUUUGCUUCGACGAGAGAGAGUGAGGGAGGGACGGAGACAUGGUGUCGGGUUCGGGGAUCUGCGCGAAGAGAGUGGUAGUGGACGCCAGGCACCACAUGCUCGGCCGCCUGGCAUCCAUUCUGGCAAAGGAGCUUUUGAAUGGUCAGAAAGUGGUGGUCGUCCGAUGCGAGGAGAUCUGUCUGUCGGGCGGAUUGGUGCGCCAGAAGAUGAAGUAUUUGAGGUUCCUCCGCAAGAGGAUGAACACGAAGCCCUCUCAUGGGCCGAUUCACUUCCGCGCGCCUUCCAAAAUUCUGUGGAGAACCAUUCGGGGUAUGAUACCGCACAAGACCAAGCGAGGAGAAGCUGCGCUGGCACGACUGAAGGUGUAUGAGGGUAUCCCACCACCAUACGACAAGAUUAAGAGGAUGGUUAUCCCUGAUGCUCUCAAGGUAUUGAGACUUCAAGCUGGCCAUAAAUAUUGUUUGUUGGGUAGGCUCUCAUCUGAAGUUGGAUGGAACCAUUAUGACACUAUCAGAGAGCUGGAGAAGAAGAGAAAAGAAAGGGCUCAGGCGACGUAUGAGAAGAGAAAGCAAUUGACGAAAUUGAGAGUGAAAGCCGAAAAGGUUGCUGAGGAGAAGCUUGGGGAACAGCUCGACAUCAUUGCUCCCAUCAAGUACUGAAGAACACCAUCUUCAAACUGAAAUUUUUGUUGCGCAAAUUACAUGGAUCUGUUUGGUGUUAAGCCUUAAAAUUAAAUUUUGAGCUUUUUCAAACUCUGUUGGGACUUUUGCCUAUAAAUUUGCAGAUGUUUAAUCCUUUUUUAA